CAGCUCCUUCCUGUCGGCCUGUCUCUGUACAGGAAGCGCGGUGUGUAUGUCACAGUGACGCAGAGGUCAGAAACCCUCUCUCACAGCCAUCUUGGACCCCGAGCCCAGACCUAACAACAAUGCCAGGCGAAGCCACAGAAACUGUCCCAGUGACAGAGCAGGAGAUGCAGCAGCCCCAGGUGGAGACGGCUCCUGGGGUGGUAAACACGCCUGCCUGUUCUGAGGCAGCAGUUCCAGAAUUUCCCAAGCCUACUCCAGUGGAGAGUGCUGUUCCUGAGGCCUCUAUCACAAAGGCUGAGGUUGUAGCACAAUCUGUGGAAGAACCAGCACCUAAAGUAGAAAACAUUCAGUCCAAUAGUGAAGCGCCAACCUUUGCUACUGAGGAACAGGAUGAAACUAAGCUUGUUACUGCUAGUGAAGACUCUGAAGAACCAGAAGCACCUGCCCAAGACGCUCUUGUUAAAAGUCAAGAAGAUCUUGUUGAAGACGUGAAAGAAGCUCUGGUGGAACCUACAGCCCAAGUACCAGAAGUUACUACUGAUGAACAGCCUGUGAUUGCUGAAAUAUUAUCUGCAGAACCUGCAGUUGAGGAGAGUUUAGCCACUGGAGAUGUGGUAGAUGGUGUGUUUGUUUCUCCACAAAACAUUUCUGAACCCAAGAGGGAGGAAGCAUUAUCUGAUGGCUUGAAGUCCAUGAGUGUGGAGGCCACCACUGAAGAUGUAAGAGAAGAGCAGGUUGUAGUAGCCGCAGCGAUGGAAGAAAAACCUGUUUAUCUUACUGUAGAUGAGGUCAUUCAAAACAACAAUUUAUCAGAGAAUGAAGUCGUAGCCCAUUCAGAGGCUGUCCAGGCGAAGGUGCAGGCUAAUCAUGCUGGCCCUUCUCUUUCUUCUCAGCACCUACCAGCCACUCCAGCUGCUGCUGUAGCUCCUGCUGCCUCCCAACCUAAGGCUAAAGGGGUUAAGGCUGACUCCAAGCUAUCUUCUUCUCCUUCUGCCCCCAAGCCAGUGCCUGUGGGCCGAAGGAAGCGCUCCUCUCUCUCUGCCUCUUCCUCUUCCCCUACCUCCCCAAAAUCAGCUUCUGGCCCUAAAGCCACCCCACCCUGUUCCCCACUUGCAUCUCCUCCUGCUGACUCUGCAGGUGCAGGGAAAGCUGAGACAGCUGCUCCUAAGGUUGUGAAGGCUGGUAAACAGGCAAAAUCUAAAAAAGCAGAUGCUUUUAAACCUGCUGAGCCUCUGCAGGAAGUCCCAACUUCCCCUGCUCAAGAGGCUAAGCCAGUAUCUGUGCCUGCUCCUAUUCCAGUGGCUGCUUCUCCUCCUCCUAAGGCAACAACUGCCCCAACCUCCCCUAAAGAUUCAGUUCCAGCCCCAGUGAAGGAUGCAUCUCCUAAAGCUGCUGCUCCUGCCCCAGAGAAGGCAAAACCUGUCAAGGAUGCGUCCCCUAAAGCUGCUGCUCCUGCCCAAGAGAAGGCAAAAUCUGUAAAGGAAGCAGCUCCUGCCCCAGCAUCUCCUAAAGAGGCUGUUCCUGCUCCAGAGAAGGCAAAACCUGUGAAGGAUGCACCUCCUAAAGCUGCUGCUCCUGCCCCAGAGAAGGCAAAACCUGUAAAGGACGCAGCUCCUAAAGAGGCUGUUCCUGCCCCAGAGAAAGCAAAACCUGUCAAGGAUGCAUCCCCUAAAGCUGCUGCUCCUGCACCAGAGAAGGCAAAACCUGUAAAGGAAGCAGCUCCUGCCCCAGCAUGUCCUAAAGAGGCUGUUCCUGCCCCUGAGAAGGCAAAAUCUGUCAAGGAUGCAUCCCCUAAAGCUGCUGCUCCUGCGCCAGAGAAGGCAAAACCUGUAAAGGACGCAGCUCCUGCCCCAGCAUCUCCUAAAGAGGCUGCUCCUGCCCCAGAGAAGGCAAAAGCUGUCAAGGAUGCACCUUCCAAAGCUGCUGCUCCUGCCUCAGAAAAGGCAAAACCUGUAAAGGACGCAGCUCCUGCCCCAGCCUCUCCUAAAGAGGCUGUUACAGCACCAGUGGAGGCAAAACCUGUAAAGGAUGCAUCUCCUGCCCCAACAUCUCCUAAAGCUGCUGUUGCCCCUGUAGCUUUCAAAGUAGUUUCCAAACCUACUGUCCCUGCUCCAAAAUCAUACUCCGAAGUUGUAGCAAGUAGUCCACCAAAGGUGGAGUCCCCCAAAAAGAAGCCAGAUGUGGCUCCCACUGUUGCCCCUCCAGCUCUGGAGGAGGAUGAUGACCUGCCCCCACUCAUUCCACCUGAGAAACCUGUAACCAUGCCUGUUUUCCAACCCCAACCUGUGGCUGCGGCUCCGGCUCCGGCUCCCCCGAAAGCAGCCCCUGUGAUUGCCAAUGUUGUGCCCCCUGCUGCCCCUACCCCAAAAGCCCCAACCGUGGCCCCUAAAGUUCAAUCUGCCCCUGCACCUACAGCUGUCAAAACUCCAUCCAAACCUGAAUCGGGCAUCAAGAACGACAAGGGGUCUGGCACUGAAUCCGACAGUGACGAGUCUGUUCCUGAUCUGGAGGAGCAGGAUUCUGCGCAGACACAGACACAGCAGGCACAGCUCGCAGCUGCUGCCGAAAUCGAUGAGGAACCUGUCAGCAAAGCAAAACAGAGCAGAAGCGAAAAGAAAGCAAGAAAGGCAAUGUCCAAAUUGGGUCUCAGACAAGUGACAGGAGUUACCAGGGUAACCAUUCGCAAAUCUAAGAACAUUCUGUUCGUCAUCACCAAACCAGACGUCUACAAAAGCCCAGCAUCAGACACUUACAUUGUCUUUGGUGAGGCUAAGAUUGAGGAUCUGUCCCAGCAAGCUCAGUUGGCUGCUGCAGAAAAGUUCAAGGUCCAGGGAGAAGCAGCUUCAAACAUCCAAGAAAACACACAGACGCCCACAGUACAGGAGGAGAGCGAAGAGGAAGAGGUUGAUGAGACCGGAGUUGAGGUUAAGGACAUUGAGCUGGUCAUGUCACAAGCCAAUGUGUCACGGGCGAAGGCUGUACGCGCACUGAAGAAUAACAACAACGAUAUCGUCAAUGCCAUCAUGGAAUUGACGAUGUAGGCGGAGACUAGAGUGGGUCAGAAAGAGAUGUUGCUGAAUUGAUCUACACUAUUUGUACAAUUUAUACCCGAAAGUAAUAAAGUUGUGGCUUGAUGAA